AUGAAUAUUUCUAAGAUCCUAACUACUAAUAAAGGCACCAGGGCAAAUAAUGGUAUAGGGAUUGAUAAUAUUGUAGAUAAAGGCACUAAAAUAGAUGAAUACAGAAGAGUAAAUAAAGAUAUAGAUAAAGGUGCUGAAGUGAAUAAAUGUGCAGGAGUGGAUAAAUAUGUGAAUAAGAGUACUGAAUUUAUAAAUAUCAAUUAUACUGAAUCAGAUGUUGAUUCAUUUAAA